AUGAAAACAAAUAAUUCAAUACCUAAUACUGAAUUAGGUGAAUCAAGUAAUAGUCGAUGUUCAUCAUUACGUCGUUUACCUAAAUCAUGGAUUAUUUGCGGAAUUAUUUUUUAUUGUGCAUCUCUUCUCACUGUUGGUCUAUUAGCUGGUCUUCUACCACGACGAACACAAUAUAUAACUAUAAUUGAGACACAAACAUCAACAACAACUACACCAAAUCCAACUCAAUGUAUUGAAGAUGAAUGUAAUUCACGUUUAUUAAGUGAUUUAAACGUUAAUAAUUAUGAAUUACAAUAUGCAUGUCAUGAUUUAAAACAAACAACAAUGGAAGGACAAGUUACAAUUGAUUUUAAUUUAAGAAAACCAAUAAAACAAUUAAUUUAUCAUGCAAAAGAAAUGAUUCAAUUAGAAGAACCAAUUUUAUUCGAAAAUGAUAUGCAACAUUCUAUUUUAAUAAAAAAAUAUCUUCCACAUGAUUAUAUAAGUUUACGUUUAUUAAAUAAUUCUUUAUUUCCAAUGAAUCGAUAUAAAUUAAUGCAAAAAUUUGUUAUUAAUUUAAAUAAUCCUAGUAUUGGAUUUUAUCAAAGUUUUUUUAAAGAUAAAAAUCGAGCAAAUGGAACAUUAUUAGCAACAAAAUUUCGAGCAACAGAAGCUCGAAGAGUAUUUCCUUGUUUCGAUGAACCACAUUUAAAGGCUCAGUUUAAUAUUCAUAUCAUUCAUCCACAAAAUACAAUUGCUUUAGCAAAUUUUCCAGUUAUAAACCAAACCAUAGAAAAUAAUUUACGUCAUACAACAUUUGCUGAAACAUUUCGUAUGAGUACAUACGUUGUGUCUUGGUCUAUUCUUCCAGAUACAUAUGGAAAAAUUUCAGAUAAUGAUAAUUCACCAAUGGUAACAAUAUGGGCUCGACCAGAACUAACAGAAAAAAAUCAUACGACAUUAGCACUUGCAAUUGCUUCGAAUGCAAUUCCAUUUUAUAAAAAUUAUUUUAAUAUAACUGAAGCUUUACCUCCUAAGAAAGAUAUUUUGGCAAUAUAUGAUAUGGCAACAACUGCAAUGGAAAGUUCAGGUUUGAUUUCAUUUCGUGAAGAACGAAUAGUUUAUGAUGAAAAAAUUGCAACAACAUUACAAAAACAACAAUUUGCAGAUAUUGUCGCUCAUGAAAUUGGUCAUUCUUGGUUUGGAAAUUAUGUGACAUGUAAAUGGUGGAAUGAUCUUUGGUUUAGUGAAGUAAUGGUUAGUUGGCUUUGUAGAAAAACUUUUGCGGAAAAAUAUUCUGAUUGGAAUAUGGAAUUACAAAUCUUAACGGAUGACACAAUUCCAAUAAUGUGGAAUGAUGCAAAACCAUAUACUCAUCCAAUUAUUGUUGAAAAUGCCGUGAGUGUACCGGAAAUAAUGAGUUAUCUUGAUGGACUAACAUAUUCAAAAGGUAUAAGUUUAAUGCGAAUGUUGGAAAAAAUCGUUGGUGCAGAAAAUUUUCGUCAUAAUUUACAAGAAUAUUUAAAACUAAAUGCUUUUAAUGUUGCUGAUCUUAAUCUAUUUUAUGAUACAUUAUUAAGUAAUAGAACGAAUGGAAAAGAAUUUAUGAAAAGUUGGUUAAAUGAAAUGAAUUAUCCAUUAGUAAAUAUUGAUUUAAAUAUUGAAAAUAAUUCAACUAAAUUAACAUUUACUCAAUUACGUUUUAUUCUAUCGGAUAUAUUCAAUAUAUCACAUUUAAAUAAAGAUUAUCGGUGGAAAAUCAAUCUCGAAUGUGUUUUAGGUGGAAAUCAUAAUUCCGAUUCUGAUAUAAUAGAUAUAGGUAAUGAUAAAAUUAGCUUUAUUCUUGAAGACGAACAAAAAACUCAAAUAAUAUCUGAUAAAUCUUAUUCAUGGAUUAAAUGUAAUCGAGAUUUACAAAGUUUCCAUAUAACAAAAUAUUCAUUUUCAUCACAACGUUUUACUUCCGUAUUCGAAGCACAACCAACAUUUUUUUCAAAUAAAGAUAAAGUUAAUUUAAUACAGGAUACAUUUUUACUUGCUUAUAAAGGUUUAAUUGAUUAUCAUGAAUCAUUACGAAUUAUAAAAUCAUUAGGAAAAUUAAAUAUGACCGAAUAUGUUCAUUGGAGAACAUUUCAAUAUCAUUGGGAUAUAUUAGCUGAUUUAAUUGAUUAUUUACCUGAUACAUUGACGAAAUUUCAAAAUUUUGCUAUUCAACAAAUUCUUUCGAAUGAUGUUACACUUGAGAAUAUUUUAACAUUACAUAUUAAUGAUAAUCAUAAUACGAAAUUAGUAAAAAGUUUACAAUUUGCAUUACUUUGUCGAAUGAAUCAUCAAGGUGCUAUUGAAAAUGCAAGUUUAUUAUUUCAAUCGAUUCCGAAAGAAUAUUUUAAUAAUGAUAAUGUCGAUAUUGAGCAAGAAUUUUUCAUCGAUAUCAUAUUGAAUUUAUCAACAUCAACACACGAACAAACUCGUGCUUUAGUGGCAAUUAGUUCAACAAAUAAUAAGGAUCGAUUAAAUCGAUUACUCAACGAAGGAUUAAUAGGUGGAUCGAAUACAAUAAAACUUCAAGAUUAUUUUACUAUGAUGGGUUAUAUGAGUCGUUAUGCAGUUGGAAGAGAAAUCGUUUGGAAUUUUUAUAAAAAUAAUUAUUCAGAUUUAAUUAAUACUUUUACAUUACAAAAUAGUCGAUUUGCUUCAGCUAUUCUAUCGAUUACACGUUCAUUUGAAAAAGAAUCUUAUCUUGAUGAAAUGAAUGAAUUAUUUAUAAAAUAUUCAAAUGCUGGUGUUGGUGAAUCAGCACGUCAACAAGCAAUCGAUCAAGUCAAAAUGAAUAUUCAUUGGGUUAAAACAAGAGAACAAAAUCUACAAAAUGCACUUGAUACUAUUUUCAAUUUAUAA